CUGGGCGGACGGUGCGCCGUGCGCAGGCGCGGACCGUAGACCUCGCUGCAGCCGGGAUCGCUUCGGGGAGUCGCACCCACGGAGUCUGCCCGCUGGCUCGUCAGUGCUUUCCCCCUCACCCACCCUCCCCGGUUCCCCCAGCGCCCUACUUGCCCCGAUGGCGGAGCUGCGGCCUAGCGGCGCCCCUGGCCCAACCGCGCCCCCGGCCCCUGGCCCUACUGCCCCGCCGGCCUUCGCCUCGCUCUUUCCCCCGGGACUGCACGCCAUCUACGGAGAGUGCCGCCGCCUUUACCCUGACCAGCCGAACCCGCUUCAGGUUACAGCUAUCGUCAAGUACUGGUUGGGUGGUCCAGACCCGUUGGACUAUGUUAGCAUGUACAGGAAUGUGGGGAGUCCCUCUGCUAACAUCCCUGAGCACUGGCACUACAUCAGCUUCGGCCUCAGUGAUCUCUAUGGUGACAGCAGAGUCCAUGAGUUUACAGGAACAGAUGGACCCAGUGGUUUUGGCUUUGAGUUGACAUUUCGUCUGAAGAGAGAAACAGGAGAGUCUGCCCCACCAACAUGGCCAGCAGAGCUAAUGCAGGGCUUGGCCAGAUAUGUGUUCCAGUCAGAGAACACCUUCUGCAGUGGGGACCAUGUGUCUUGGCACAGCCCUUUGGAUAACAGUGAGUCAAGAAUUCAGCACAUGCUGCUGACAGAGGACCCACAGAUGCAACCUGUGCAGACACCCUUUGGGGUGGUUACCUUCCUCCAGAUUGUUGGCGUCUGCACCGAGGAGCUGCACGCAGCCCAGCAGUGGAACGGGCAGGGCAUCCUGGAGCUGCUACGGACGGUGCCUGUCGCUGGUGGCCCCUGGCUGAUAACUGACAUGCGGAGGGGAGAGACCAUAUUUGAGAUCGAUCCAAACCUGCAAGAGAGAGUGGACAAAGGCAUUGAGACAGACGGUUCCAACCUGAGUGGUGUCAGUGCCAAGUGUGCCUGGGAUGACCUGAGCCGGCCCCCUGAGGACGAUGAGGACAGCCGGAGCAUCUGCAUUGGCACACAGCCCCGGAGGCUCUCUGGCAAAGACACAGAGCAGAUCCGAGAGACGCUGAGGAGAGGACUUGAGAUCAACAGCAAACCUGUCCUUCCACCAAUCAGUUCUCAACGGCAGAACGGCUUCACCCACGACCGGGCCCCGAGCCGCAAAGACAGCCUGGAAAGCGACAGCUCCACGGCCAUUAUUCCCCAUGAGCUGAUCCGGACGCGGCAACUCGAGAGCGUACAUCUGAAAUUCAACCAGGAGUCUGGAGCCCUCAUUCCUCUCUGCCUAAGGGGCAGGCUCCUGCAUGGACGGCACUUUACAUAUAAAAGUAUCACGGGUGACAUGGCCAUCACAUUUGUCUCCACGGGAGUGGAAGGCGCCUUUGCCACCGAGGAGCAUCCUUACGCAGCUCAUGGACCCUGGUUACAAAUUCUGUUGACCGAAGAGUUUGUAGAGAAAAUGUUGGAGGACUUGGAAGAUUUGACUUCUCCAGAGGAAAGUCUGUCCCCACACCCUGCCCCACUCUCCACUCUGGUCCUGGCAUGGACAGUCCCCCUUCAGAGGGAGGGAGAGAGGGAGCCAGGCACUCUGGGUGUGUGCUUUCUCUCUCCACAGUUCAAACUUCCCAAGGAAUACAGCUGGCCUGAAAAGAAGCUGAAAGUCUCCAUCCUUCCCGAUGUGGUGUUUGACAGUCCACUGCACUAGCCUGGGCUAGGCCCUGCAGGGGCCAACGGGGAGUCCAGCUGCUUCCUGGUGACUUCCAGUGUAACAACUGCGUAAAAGAGAUUCCCACAAAUAAAAGGAGAAGCGUGAGGAUUACUGCACAGCCACGGCACCCACAGUCUUGGUGGGAUGCUGAGCACAGGCUACAGGCCCCACCUCACCUCCAGCUCGGGGGUCUCACCUCAUCCAUGCCCACGGGACUGGGCCCUAGCACCACCGGGCCAGUGAGUGGGCAAAUGCAAAUUCCCCUCUCCUGCCGCCACAGGUUCUGGGUUGAGAUUUGACUCUGGACCCUUGACUUGCCCCUGGGUUGAGACAGGCCUUGUUUCCACCCACCCCCGCCACACAGCCUGGCAGGAGGGAGGUGGAGACCCACCACUGCAAGGUUCAUGUGUGGGUGCACUGCCCAGCUCAACUUGAAAACCUUUGGUAGUCAAGCUCCUCUGGCCACGGAACAAUUCCCCCCAUCCUGUUUGGUUUGCUUUCUCCUUAUUUUAUUUUUUAGAAACCGGAUGGUAUUCUAUUUCUCUGCAAAGAUGUCCAGAAGCUGUGUAUAUAAUGUUUUUAAACAGAACUUUAUUCCCAGAUGAACUUUGUCAUCCUCUCAGACAAGGGCCUUGGGCUGCGUCUCCCCGUGCAUUGCCACAGGAGAAGAUGCCCAGUGUUUGCCUGCCAGCCCAGGGCUCUGGAGAAGUCAGCUCCACAGAGAGGCUUUUCUUCCCAGCUGGGUCUGGCAGAGCUGAGGCAGGGGGGGAGAGCUGAGACACCCCCCACCCCCCAAUGCAGCCACAAGCCCAAUUUAGCUGGGGCGAAGAAGGGCUUCUGCUGUUUAAGUGGACUGCCUCCCUGCCCCCACCACUACCACCACCAAGGUCCAAGGACCAUCAGGGUCUCCGAAACUUGGUGGACCCAGCCUCAUCUUCCAGGCCUUUUCCACCCACCCAGGCCCACCUGAGAGAGGGAGAGGCCCAGCCCCUCACAAACCAUCCUUACCUGCUGCUCAGGGCCUGGAUUUUCAGCUUUUUCACCACCCCUGUCCCAUUUCCUCAUUUCCUGGGCCUCCUGGCCUCCAGGCUGCAAGACUCUGGAUUAUUAAAAACUGAAAAACCAA